GAGGACGAUCAUUUUCAGUUUGCACGGGUGUGCGCAUAACUCGAGGAAUGUGCAGAGCUUCCUGUCUGGUAUCGCAAACCUGAAAAACAACGAAAAGCAAAAAAACCACGGAUCUUAGGACGUUGCUGACCAAAGGAAAUCAUAAAGUGAAUGUCUGACGAUGAUAAACAUUCACCUGAAAACUAACUUCAUCGCGAUGUAAGACUUCAGACGUUGACCUUCAGCAUUAAGAGUCACAAUUUGGUUCAUCCUCUAUGAGAUGUUUUCUGUUCUAGACAAGUUUCAUCCUCAUCCUGCCUUUGACAAUGACAUCUUGGGCAACAACAUCUAUGCUGCUGGUGAUUCUGAUGAGAAACUUCAGAGUCGAUUCCAUCACAUGUGAUAUAACUGAAUACAAGAUAGGAGAAGAGUGCUGUGAUCAAUGUCCUUCUGGCCAUCGGGUCAAAACAGACUGCACUGAGUUUAAAAGGACAAUCUGUCAGAGAUGUUCAGAUGGGACAUUUAUGGACCUGCCAAAUGGACUAAAAAGAUGUAAUCCAUGUUCUACCUGUGAUUCAGGAGCUGGGCUGAAGGAAAAGCAACAAUGUAGACUAACUACAGACACAGUUUGUGAACCAAUGGAGGGAUUCUACUGUACAGACCUUAAAUCAGGAGGUUGUUCUGUAGCACAGAAACACAGGAGCUGUGAACCAGGACAUUACAUCAGCAGGAUGGGAACAGCCUCCACAGACACAGAAUGCUCUGAAUGCAGCAGUGGAUCAUUUUCUGAUGGAACAAUGUUGUCAUGUCAGCCUCACACACAAUGUGAAAAAGGAAACCUUCAUCUGAUAAAAGCAGGAACAGCUUCAACUGAUGCUGAAUGUGGAGGAAAAAGUUACAACACCACAGAAAUUGUGAUUCAGAUGAGAAAAUUCGGAGUCAAAUCCUUCAGAUGUCAUAUAACUGAAUACAACAUAGGAGAAGAGUGCUGUCCUAUGUGUCCUGCUGGCUAUAGAGUCAAAACAGACUGCAAAGAGUUUAAAAGUACAACCUGUCAGAGAUGUUCAGAUGGGACGUAUAUGGACCUGCCAAAUGGACUAAAGAAAUGUAAUCCAUGUUCUACUUGUGAUUCAGGAGCUGGGCUGAAGGAAAAGCAACAAUGUAGACUAACUACAGACACAGUUUGUGAACCAAUGGAGGGAUUCUACUGUACAGACCUUAAAUCAGGAGGUUGUUCUGUAGCACAGAAACACAGGAGCUGUGAACCAGGACAUUACAUCAGCAGGAUGGGAACAGCCUCCACAGACACAGAAUGCUCUGAAUGCAGCAGUGGAUCAUUUUCUGAUGGAACAAUGUUGUCAUGUCAGCCUCACACACAAUGUGAAAAGGAAAACCUUCAGCUGAUAAAAGCAGGAACAGCUUCAACUGAUGCUGAAUGUGGAGAAAAAAGUUACAACAUCACAGGAGUUGUGAUCGGUGUUUUGGUGAUUUUUUUAUUAGUUGCAGCAGCAAUUGUUGUUGUUCUCUGGAAAACUAAAAAAAUUAAAAUACCAAACAUUUGUACAAAACGACAAAAACCCCAAAGGGACAAAGCAGAAGGAGAAGAACAGGGAGUUUGUUUGAAUGUACCAGGACAAUAAACACACUGAUGGUGACAAGCUACUAGCUAGUAGCCACAGCUUCCCUGGGACAGUCUAACAGAAGUGAUGCUACCAAACAUUGACACCACCAGGUUCUCUGAUCAGCACCAGCAGGCAAGACGAGUGAACUGCCUUUCAGAAGGUCACAAUGCCCAAGGUCGGUGGAGUGGGAAUUAAACCAGCAACCUACCGAUUGCAGGGCGAAGUCCUACCACCAUCGUCAGUAAAUGAAUUUCUCCAUGUGAAACCAACCUCAGACAUUUGUACAGUUUUAUGAAGAAACCUGAUGAUCCACCAGCUUUAAGAUCAUUUUAUUGAUAUUCAUGUUCUGCUUCACAGGAACCUGACAUGAAAUGUUAACAUUGCUAAUAUGUUUCAGAUUUUCUGAAAACCUAAAAACACCUGAACAAAUAGCAUUACAGUUUUUAUUGUUUUUCUUUUGCAGAUAGAAAUGCUCAAAUGAAUAACUUUAUACAUAAUAAAUUUCAUUUUAUUAAAUA